AAUGUCAAAUACAUUAAAAUGGAACAAUUUGCAAUUUAUCAACGAAAAAACCAAAAACCAUGGUGAAUUUAUUGCAAAAUUAGCAUUAGUUUUUUUCGGUUUUUAUAUUUUUUGUGCAAAAAUCUAAUUGAGUUCAACAAAUGCCACCAUCAAUCAUAUUGGAGCAAAACAGCUUUGUUUUGAAUACCGAACACUUUUAACACAAAAUAGUGCGACAUGGGAAGUCUAAAUGAAAUGAGCGGUGUUCGCAAUAUAACCAGUCGUCGAUCUCUGGCUCCAUUGUUAGUUGGUAUACUAGUUGGAUUUUUAGUAGCAACAGUUUUUAUAUCGACCGAGCCAAAACCAUUAUGGCUAAGUUUUUCGGGUAAAAAAGUUGUCGAUUUACGUGAUCCUCAUAAUGGCGGCGAUCUGGCCGAUGCCGAAGGACCGGAAAAGGAUGUCGGCUUUCAUUCGAACCAUGAAGGUGCUCACGCUCACGAAAAUAAAACGAUUGCUCAACAACUAUACAAUGACGUUCGUAUUUUGUGUUGGAUCAUGACGAGUCCAAACAACCAUCAAAAGAAAGCCCGUCAUGUAAAACGAACGUGGGGCAGUCGCUGCAAUCGAAUUCUAUUCAUGAGCUCAACUGAAGAUCCCGAAUUAGACUCAGUGGCUUUACCGGUGAAAGAAGGUCGCAACAAUUUAUGGGCGAAAACCAAAGAAGCAUUCAAGUAUAUUUAUAAGCACCACAUGGAUGACGCAGAUUGGUUUUUAAAAGCUGAUGAUGACACAUAUGUUAUUGUUGAAAAUUUAAGAUACAUGCUGUAUCCAUAUUCGCCGCAGUUUCCAAUUUAUCUCGGCUGCAAGUUUAAGCCAUUCGUAAAACAGGGUUAUAUGUCGGGCGGUGCCGGGUACGUUUUAUCAAAGGAAGCAGUUAAGCGAUUCGUUGAACAGGGCAUUCCAAAUAAAGAUAAAUGCAAGCAAUCGGCCGAUGGCGCCGAAGACGUUGAAAUUGGUAAAUGCCUCGAGAAAGUCAAUGUUUUUGCUGGUGAUUCUCGUGACAAUCUUGGUCGUGGGCGUUUCUUUCCCUUCGUGCCGGAGCAUCAUCUAAUUCCAGGCCAUGUAGACAAGAGUUUUUGGUAUUGGAAAUACAUUUUCUAUGAAACGGAUGAGGGUUUGGACUGUUGUUCCGACAAUGCGGUUUCAUUUCACUACGUAUCACCAAAUCAAAUGUACGUGUUAGACUAUUUAAUCUAUCACAUGCGACCAUAUGGAAUAGUCACGAAUUCUCAGCCCUUACCAGAAAAACUGUUAUUUUCGGACAUAACUGGUGGCGAACAAAUACCAAUCACAAACGACAGCAAUAAUUAAUAACAAAUUCGAAUGAGAAAGAAAUUCUGUUACAAAAUGCAUACCAAAGUAUAUUAAUUUUAGGCAAUCAUUGAUGAAAACUCAUUCAUACACGAUACACUUACAUUUAAGAUGCCGAAUUGAACGAUUGAUAUUGAGUGUGGGUACUUCAAAAAAAAGUGCAGUGAGACGUAUCAUAAAAAAUACUGAAAGGAAUUGAGCAAUAAAUUGAAUAUUUUUUUUUGCUAUACAAGAAUCUCUAUGCCAUAAAAUCAUGUAAAGAUUUGAAAACGGUUUGAGUCGAAAUAAAUAAGCAGGAGGUUUUAAGAAAAAAUAGACAAUA